AGUGUAAAUUCAAUUUUACAUUAAGUAAUAUUGUUUAUUGUUUUAUAUUUUUGAAUGAACCUGUGUUUACUCUUUCGAUGUCUAUGUUCGCAUCUACCUAUGUCUACUUUAUGUCUGCCUGGAAAACACAUUGUAACUUAUCCCUUAUACACAUCACGCUCCAUCAAUUUGUACAAUAAUGACGAUGUAUACGUCAUUAACAAGACUGGACGGAUUUUAUUUAAAACGCAGCGAUCCUUUUCUGUACCAACUGCGAAGGAAGCAAAAUCGAAUGAGGAAGUUGAACCAAAGAAUCGAAGUGCCAGAGUAAGCGUGAGCAACGAAAAUAAUAUAUUGCUUGAUCCAGAAGUACUGACAGAUUUCUCAACUCAAACUUUGGUUCUAACUGUUCUGGUUACUUUAGUUAAAAAUUCAACCGAUGAAAACGAACAACGGAUUCUUUAUGAAUAUCUUGCGGAAGCCUCAGUGGUGUUUCCAAAAGUCUUCCCAGUAAUUCAUAAUUUGCUUGAUGCAAAAAUCAACAAUGUAUUAUCCUCUUGCCAUGACCAAGGGAUAUUGAAUUCUGUACAAGCAAUUAUACAAAAUAUGAUAGCGUGCGAGGAUACAAGUCAACAGCAGUUACAUUACUUACAAAGUUGUGGUUUUGGUGGAUUAUGGAGAUUUGCAGGGCCAUACACAAAUUCCAAUUGUACAGCCGAAAGCGCUCAGUUAUUUGUUAAUUGCCUGGAAGCCAUGGUGGAAACGUGUUUACCGGUAGAUGAAGUUGAAGCCUUAAAUAGCAAUGAAAUCUCGAGUGAAAAAUGUAAACGAUCCGAUAGUCAUCAGUCAGAAGUCGCACAAAAAAAGAAAUCUUUAACUCAUGGAGGAGAUCGGGCGAGUUCUCGCGCUUUUUCGGAAAAAAUGGACGAAACUUCUCAGAGUAGAUCUUCUUUUAUUCACAUAGAUCACAGUAUAGAUAGCAGAGAAGAUGUUUUAUUGGAUUCUGUGGGUCAAGGAGAAAAUACGAGUAGUAGUAACAAUUCACAACCUUAGCGAUUAAUAUGUGAUCCUAAGAAACAGUGGGGUAAACAUGGGCGAAAAGGACAAGUUGGUCGGAAGUUGCAAAUACAAUUGAGAAACGCAAAUAUUUUGGCUCCAUGUUAUUGCUGCAACAUGUCGAAUCAGUUUAAGCCAAUGCCGUCCACUUCAUGUUAAUGUACCCACUGGAAUGGAAACAAUUAAGCGCAAUCUGUUAGUCGAUUAUUAUUUACGAUUAUUAUUAUUAUUAGUCGAUAACUUAUUUUGUUAUUAGCAACAUAUUUCGAUGGUUUUGUAUUAUCCUUAAAUUUACGUUUAAUACAACGAUUAAUUGUUUCUAUAUUAUAGUGAUAAUAUAAAAAAAAGUUACGCAAUGAGUCCAUUAUCGAUUUUUAAUACGCCAGAGUUAUGUUUUGUAUAAAUAACGAUUUUUAAAAGUAAAAUUGUUUAAACUUUUGUAAUUAGACAAUUGUAAUUAAUCAAUAUAUAUAAUAUUUCAUAGUUUCAUGGCGAUAACUGAAUAUUCAUGGAUAUUUUCAUUCCUUUACAACUAAAUAUUUUUAUAUCAUCUGUCCCUAUUUCUAAACAAAUUUAAUAUAGUCCCGUGUUAUUAGAAUAAAAUGAUUAUAUAAAUAGUUUAUCAGAGAAGUCCAACUAUAUGAGUUCAUUUCUUGGUAAUAUUUAGUGGAAGGAAUGAUAUUAUUUUCUGAUAGAAGUUAUGUUCCAAUUAGACUUGAGGUUAAGGUAACAAAACAAAUAACGAGAUUGUUGUUUUAUGUUACGGUAAAAUGAAGCGAUGAUUGAAUCGAAAGAAAAUGUAUGUUUAAUGAAAACAUUAUGUUAUGGGCACCAGCAAGUCAAAUUCUUGAUGAAAGAAUUCCAUUGAAACUGCAAUGAAGUAAUGAAGAUACUCAAAACGCUUGUGUAAAUAAAUACAGGACUUUCGUGUACAAGAAUAUAAAGAUAUACGUGCAUAAAGAUAUAAUAUCUCGAGAGGAAUGUAUUUAUAAAAAUAACUAAGAAUGUUCCAUGUUAUCACAUUUACUACAAAGAAAAAAUGCAGUUUGACUAGAAUACGAUUCUGGAUCAGUGCAAAAUCCCUUAAACAGUAUGUCACAGUCAUGUAUGUAGAACUUAUAUUCUUUUCUACAUAAAUAUAUUUAUUGUUUGAGUGCGAUUGUAUUUUGUUCGAAAAAGCAAUAGGGUACAUGUGCGUUUUGCGCGAUUGCAAUUGCAAAAUUCGCGUAUGUUUAUAAAUAAAAUUUCGAGAGGGUCGGGAACUCAUCUCUCGAAUAUCAUAAUACAAUUGCAACUCCUUGCACUUGGCCAUUAUUUAUGAGGCAUGUGCACAUAUUUUUAUAUUGUUAAUGUUUAGUGAAUUUAAACAAGCUUUAAUUCAGAAUCUUUUCCUGUUAAUAUAAUAUUUAACGAUAUUUAUUCAUAAUGGAAUAUUAAUUGAAAAUAUUCAGAUGUUCAAAAGAUAUAUUAAAGAUAUCGGAGGAAAAGUGGCAAGGAGUUGACAAUACAAAGACGUUCUGGACCAGCAUACAUCCGGUGCAUUGGAGGCUCUUUUCGUCUCAGGAUGCUCGAGCAACCGAACGAUCGGUUAUUUUUAGAGUUCUCAAAACAAAACACCAAUAAUUCUAUUGUCUACCACUUAUUAAAGUACAAAGCAAGACACGUUAUUUUUUCCGAAGCGCAUAAAAGCAUGUAGGAGAGACAAUUUAUUAGUAAUUAGUGAAAAAAGAAAAAAAACAAAUGGUAAUGAUACAAGUGUCGAUUUUUCUGUUGAAUAUCAGUUACGAAAAUAUGAAAAAUAUAUACAUUUAAUAUACAUACACAUAAUAGGUUGAUCGCAGCAAUAGAGUACCCGUAAUGAAUUCGAUAAUGCGUUUGUACAUAGUAUAUAAAUAUAUUAUAUGCAGGAUGUUUCGUAAGUUGUCGAACAAUAUCUAACGGAAAAUUCAAUGAAAUUAUUAAUUACGUUUUCAUGUAUUGUAUAAUUGAGCAUGGUUUUAUUUUAAUAUUCAAUAAUUUGUGUAAAGAUUUAGUUUAAUUACAGGGCAUGAAUUUAAAAGUGCCGAUUUUUUUUUAGUAAUAGACUUAAAGCUUACGAAAUACUCUAUAUAUAGGGUAUUUCAUACGGUAUACAUAUACAUAUACAUGUGUACACCACAUUUGCAGAAUACUAAUUUAAAUUAAUAAUGACAAGCUUGUCAUGUUUUCAUACGACUACUGAUUGUUAAUUUUCUAGGAAUCAGCAGAUAAAAAAUUGCCCAUGUAACGAAUCUAAAUAAUUAUAAUACUGUCAUUUUCUUGCAUGUUGUACGCUAGAUAACAAUACUUCUAUUUCGCUAUAAAUUUAGUCCAAAAUGCAAUCAAAAUUGAAAUGCAUUCCGUUUUCCAUUUGCUUUGUCUGUCUCGUUUUAUUUAUACGUUAGAAAGAAUCAACUUUUAAAAGUCGAUAUUAAUUCUAUUACUGCUUGAUACUGUCUUUUUUGUGAUUUUACACCAAAAAUAUAAAUGCCAUUUUAUAUCAGAAUUUAACUAAUUUUUAUGGUAUUGAACACAAAUAUGUAAGGGAAAAUGCUAACAGUAAGAAAGCUAAUGUAUCUAUUUUUUAAGUAUCUUUAAUUAAAAAUUAACAUUCAAUAGUCUAUCGGAAACAGUAACAAUUGGUUUACUCAUUAAAACACGAAUGUCACAUGUUAAAUAUAUCAUAUCUUAUGAAAUACUCUCAAUAUACAACACAUAAAUACACUAUAUAAAUAUUUGUAUAGCACGUACGUAUUUUAGAAAUUUAUAAUUUUAUGAAAACGAAAUUGUUUCAAAAUUGUCGAAUAAGAGAAUAUAUGUUAUUAUUAGGAAAUACGUUCUAUAGAUUAUUCGUAUGUUUACGUCGAAUGUUAAUGUAAGAUAUACAAUCUUCUAAAUGCUUGUACUUAGAUAUUUUUGGCGUAUCUCGAACAAACUGCGCUACGAACAAAGCAUUGUUAAUCUAGUUAAAUGUUUAAGUGUUAUAUCUACUUAGUUCGUGCAGUACUCGUGACUAUAAAACGAGAGAUUCCUUGGACAGAAAUAAAAUAAUUCUUAAUGGUUUCACAUUUCCAACAUUGGAAUUAUCGAAUUCCUUGUCAAAGUUGAGUAAAUAAACCAAUCGAUGUUAAAAGAGUAUAUUUACAACAGAUAUUCUAGACAAAUAUACUAUCUUAAUGUUUCCGAAUAA